CCAAACAUAUCUAUCCACACCCAAGCAUAUCUAUCCAAUACCCAAGCAUAUAUAUCCAAUGCCCAAACAUACCUAUCCGACAACGAAACAUAUCUAUCCACACCCAAGCAUAUCUAUCCACACCCAAGCAUAUCUAUCCACACCCAAGCAUACCAUUCCAAUACUCAACCUUAUCUAUCCAAGACCCAUACAUACCCACACACUCCGACAGGCCAACACAGUCCCCAAUCAUAUCCAUCCAAACAGACCCACCCAGGACGCCCACCCCCUAGUGCCCUCCCCUACAGCCCUAAGCAAG